AUGGGACCAGUGGGCAGGGCAGAUGGGACCCGUGGGCCGGCCAGAUGGGACCAGUGGGCCGGCCAGAUGGGACCAGUGGGCAGGGCAGAUGGGACCAGUGGGUCGGCCAGAUGGGACCAGUGGGCAGGGCAGAUGGGACCAGUGGGCCGGGGCAGAUGGGACCAGUGGGCCGGCCAGAUGGGACCAGUGGGCAGGGCAGAUGGGAUCAGUGGGCCGGCCAGAUGGGACCAGUGGGCAGAGCAGAUGGGACCUGUGGGCAGGGCAGAUGGGACCAGUGGGCAGGGCAGAUGGGAUCAGUGGGCCGGCCAGAUGGGACCAGUGGGCAGGGCAGAUGGGGCCUGUGGGCAGGGCAGAUGGGACCAGUGGGCCGGCCAGAUGGGACCAGUGGGCAGGGCAGAUGGGACCAGUGGGCCGGGCAGAUGGGACCAGUGGGCAGGGCAGAUGGGCCCAGUGGGCCGGCCAGAUGGGACCAGUGGGCAGGGCAGAUGGGACCAGUGGGCUAACGUCUAA